AUGCACGAUCUGCGCAAGCAAGUGCUCCUUGAGAGCGGCAAGACCGUUUCCAAAAAGGCAAAGGCCAAGCAAGCCAUGGGCUCUGCCGCCAGCUCAAAGCAAAAUUCGCCUAAUGCCUCGAGGGCUGGCUCGCGAGUCGCCAGCCGCCAGGCCUCAGACGAUGAGGCCGACUACAGUGAUUCGACAACUCAGUUCAGUGUCAACUCCUUCGACGAACUCCGACCCGAAGAUAUCGAUGCGCCUGAAGAUGCCUGGGUCGCGCAGCUGAACGAGCGUAUGGAGCAUCUUAUCGAACGCAAAAGGAGUAGUGUUCAAGGCCGUGAAGAGAGCCUCUCGGUCCUUUCACACCUCCUCAUGGCUCAUUACGCCCAACGCCAUGUCCGUCCUAAACUCAGUGAGCUCGUCCCAGCUCUUCUCAAGUGUGCCAAAGGUGGCCAAUCAGACAAUGAAACCGCUCUGGCUCUUAAAGCUCUGAGUCUGCUGAUCAUUACUGAGCCAUCCGACUCGAUCUACGACGCCAUGAUCCGUCCUCUGAAGGGCAUAAUCUCCUCCUCCGAGUCAUCCUCGGUCAUGGUCGCCGCGAUUCACACACUCGGCAUCGCUACGUUCUAUGGCGGAGUUGGUCUGGAUGAAACACAAGAAAUCAUGGAUUUCUACCUCGAGAUUAUCGAGUCCGAUGGUCACUCUGUCGAAGCAGGUGACGAUGGGAACGUCGUAGCUGCUGCCUUGCAGGAAUGGGGCUUCCUUGCUACACAAUUUGAGGGCAUGGAAGACACGAGCGAAGAGCCAAUGGAAGCCUUCAAUGAACAACUCGAGUCUAGCGAUGCAAGUGUCGUUAUUGCUGCCGGUGAGAAUAUCGCUCUUCUUUUCGAAAAGAGCUGGUCGGAAUUAGAAGAAGAUGAAGAGCCAGAACAUCAAGGCGACGAAGAUGACGAAGAGGCAGAUCCGACUGCUAAGGGCAUGGUUAAGCGCUAUACUGUCUGGCGUCAGGAGCAUCAACUUAAGCAUACACUCAGCGCUCUUGCUCAAGCACAUGGCAAACGCAUAUCAAGAAAGGACAAAAAGGAAUUGCACUCUAGCUUUGCCGACAUUCUCAAUACCGUCGAGCACCCGACAAGAGGUCCUCGCUACAGCAACGCUAUCGACCAGUAUACGAACAAAGCAUAUGGCUCUCGUAUGGUGGUCCAUAUUGGCAAAAACUCCAUGAGCAUCGACAAAUGGUGGAAGCUUCAUCGCCUACAAUCACUGCGUCGUGCCCUUCAGGGCGGCUUCAUUGUUCAUUACGAGGACAACCAAGUUGUUUUCGAUUCUCUGCCGGUCAUGCUAGACUAA